GCGGCCGGGAUGGCGGCCGGGCCGCAGGCCGCGCAGCUCUGGGCGCUGCUGGACGAGCUGGCGGAGAACGACCCGCGGGCCUACGAGCGGCUCCUGCGGCAGCAGCGCGCCCGGGCCGCGCGGCUCCUCGCCCCGCCGCGGCCUCACCUGUGCCUGCGGGCGCGGUGCGGGGGCGUCGCCGGGAGGCCGGUGUUCAUCAAUAUCUGCAGCUGGGAAAGGGUCCCGGCGCCGCGCAGCCGCUGCGGCCCCGCGCCCGCCAGCGCGGGGCGGCUGGAGGAGGGCUCGGCGGGAGGAGACCUUUACAGCGUUAUAGAUGUUGCCUAUAACCCAGAUGUUCUCCAGAGGGGAGAAGAAAACCCAGAGAAAAUGGAACACUUGAUCCGUUUGACUCUCAGGUUCGUGGAGGAAAGGUGCAACCUUCCCCUGUCUCACCUGUACACCAGGGAGCCCUUCAGACUGAAAGGGAGCCUGGAGGCCAUGCAGGCACGGCUGGAAGGAAGGCAGCUGCCACCUCCCCCCUCCAAUCAGGACACAAAGCAGGAACUGACACUGGAGGAGCUGCUGCACUGUCUGGGAGCUGAGGAGUGCAGCAGAGCUCCUGUGCUGCUGAGGGAGGAGCGGGAGCCUCGGGCUGAGGUGCCUCUGAUCCAGGAGGUCAGCAGGGCUGGGAGAGCAGAGCAGCCCAGAGCUCCUGCCCACGAGGUGAUCACUGUGAAGGAUGCAAACCAGAAACCCCUCCGAGUUGAACUCAGGAUCAAACUGCCCCAGCUCAGCUCUGUUGCUGAGUGUGAUCUGAGAGUUUCAAAGGAUGAUUUGAUCAUCGAAGUUCCUGAAAAAUACAAACUGCACUUAGAUCUGCCAGAGCUGGUGGAUGAGGAAAGAACUACAGCAACAUUUCACAAGGGAAAAGGGGAAUUGUUGGUCUCAGCACCAGUGCCAGGGGCAGAUCCUUAAAGGCUGCCUUAAGCUCAUGGGCAAGAUGACAACAGAACAGAAUUCCAGAAGGAGAAUCCCAGCUUUUAGCUAGUGAUGAGGUUUUUUGAAUGAGUUUCUCAUCUUCAGGGGGGAAUACCCCAAAUGCCUGUAGAAGAUGCACGUAGGAAAGGAAGUCUGGGUGAAUCACCCAACUUAGGGAAAAAAGUAAGAUUGUAAAUAUUAAAGGAGAACUUGAUUCAAGAGCCAUG